AUGGAGCAAGAGUGGGUGAAUGAGGAGAUGGGGGACGAAGGCCUCAUUGAGUUCUACAGCUCCUUCAAGGACAUGUUUGAGUUCUUCUGCAAGAACACUACCAUCCACGGGACUGUCCGCCUAGUGUGUUCGAGCAGCAACCGGAUGAAGACGGCUUUCUGGACCCUGCUCUUCCUUGCCAGCUUCGGGAUGCUCUAUUGGCAGUUUGCUCUUCUCUUCAGCCAAUACUGGACCUAUCCCGUCAUCAUGACCAUGUCCAUGCACUCAGAGCCCAAGAUGUUUCCAGCCAUCACUCUCUGCAACCUGGACCCAUACAGGUUUGACCUAGUCAGUGAGAGACUGGCCCAGUUGGACCAAAUGGCAGAGGAAGCAAUAGCUAAUUUGUAUGGCUACAAAACUUCCAUCUUUUCCUCCCGUUAUAAAAAGGAUAUCAGCGUGAAGGGAGGGUCAGCCAAUCUGAGUAGCUCCAGCUUCCAACUGAACCGCCACAUUUCACUGGUGAUGCUGAAGGAACCUGAUACCGGGUCCAGGAAGAAACAUUUCAAAGUGGGCUUUAAAUUGUGCAAUGCCACAGGUGGGAAUUGUUUCUACAAGGCCUACUCGUCUGGGGUAGACACCAUUCAAGAGUGGUACAGGUUUCACUAUAUGAAUAUCAUGUCCCAGCUACCCGUUAUAAUCAACAUUUCUUCUCAUGAAGAGCACAUACAAAACUUGGUCUACUCUUGCCAGUAUGACGGGGAGCCCUGCAGAGAGAGCGACUACAUUCACUUUCACCACCAGGUCUAUGGAAGCUGCUACACUUUCAACAGCGAGGGGACAGACCUCUUCUGGAAAGCAUCGAAACCUGGAAUUUCCUAUGGACUCUCCCUGAUCCUGAAAGCGGAGCAGAACGAUCGCCUCCCGCUGUUGUCUACGGUGGCAGGCGUGCAAGUGAUGAUCCACAACCACAAUCAGACGCCAUUCCUCGAGCAUGAGUGGUUCGACAUCAGACCGGGGAUCGCGACUAACAUCGGAAUCAGACAGGACGAGGUGCAUCGCUUGGGUGGGAAUUAUGGAAAAUGCACAGUCGACGGAGAAGAUGUGGAUGUAAAACUCCUGUACAACAGUUCCUACACGCUGCAGGCUUGUUUGCACUCCUGCUUCCAGGACAAAAUGGUUGAAAGAUGCGGCUGCGGCUACUAUUACUACCCACUGCCUCCUGGCGCCGAAUACUGUAACUACAACAAGCAUCCUGCCUGGGGGCACUGCUUCUAUCAGCUGUACAACAGGCUGGCCGAUCACCACCUCAGCUGUUUCGCCAAGUGUCCCAAACCGUGCUGGGAGUCGUGGUACAAGCUGUCUGCGGGGACUGCGAAAUGGCCCUCGACAAAGUCUCAGGACUGGGUCCGCCAGAUUCUGAGUCGGCAGAAGGGAUAUAAUUCUACCCACAACAGGAGAGACAUCGCCAAGGUGAAUAUCUUCUACCAGCAAUUGAAUUACCAGUCUGUGGAUGAAUCUCCAGUGUACACAGUGAAUUUGCUCUUGUCCAACAUGGGAAGUCAGUGGAGUCUGUGGUUUGGGUCCUCGGUGUUGUCCGUGGUUGAAAUGUUUGAGUUGCUCUUGGAUAUAAUGGUCUUGUCUCUCAUAUUCUGCUAUCGACGGUUCAAGGCAAAGAAGACGCUGAAGAUGGCCCAACCCCUUGCCAUCUCCAGCGUAACUUUGACCCUAGAGAAUUAUAGAGCCGUGCAUGAGGACCUCGCUGCCGAUUGGAAUUCCAUCUGGACUAACCAGAAUGUUGGGACCGUAGCCAAAACCAAGAACGGCGACUUACCUUUCCACUCAAUUUGUAACAAGACCCCGACACCAGAGCUGAACCCAGACGUUGUGCUUAAUGGAUUCCGGCAUAUCAAGGAUCACAGCAUAGAGAUAGACCUAAACAGCUAAUACUGUGUGUGUGGAACUGAGAGACAUAUGUAAAGAUUAUGAGAUCUAUUCCACAGACAUGGCUUUAGGAGCUCACCGACACACUGGAUGCAGUCGGCAUUUCUGUCUGCUACUUCUCUAGUGGCAUCUAGGUAUCUGACCUGUGCAGUGGUCUCAGGAAUCGUGCAAUGCCCUGAUGUAAUUCAGAAGUGUUUUUCUUUGGACUAUAUUCUGAGUAUCCCUAGCAGUUGCCCAGUCCUCAUAAAAGCUUAUCAUAACUUCUAGAUUAAACGCUCCUGAGGAAACCAGAUCUGACUGGACAUCUCCUGGCUUCAGACAGGCCCAUCUGCAUUUCAUAACUGUACUUGAGUUAAAAGUUAACCUAUCCAUAAAUAAAAACGUCUCCAGUCAGCAUUUUACAAGCAUAUGUUCUAUCAGUUAACACCACUUUGGGACAGCAAAGGAUGUGAUAACACAAGACUGCUGUAAUCCUAACAUCAUUUCCAAGGCAGCGCUUCUCUUCUUAGUAAUCCUGCUGUUUCACUGUGAGCAUGAUACACGGGAAUCCAUGGUGGGGCCACAAUUGUGCUGAACCUAGAUUCUUUCACAUGACGUUCAAUUUUUUGGGGAGGGAUUGGAACAAAUGAGGGAAUAACAUUUUUUCUCAU